GAAAAGUAUCAUAUGCAAUACGCUGCAGCAAGCCUGGAUUUGGGUCGGUCCUUCUAGUCCUGACUCCUGGUCAUCAUCCCAACUUGACAACUGCCAGUCCCACCGAACGCGUGAUACAAUCCCUACUACUUCAACUCACCUUUCGGCAUCGAACUCGGGACACAAUGUUGGGCCGGCAGUCUCACGACAGUUUGCGCCUUCUGGCCAGGAUACCCUCGAUGCCAGUUUUUAACUUGAGGUUACCGCGCAGCCAGUUGACGACGACGUUAGUGCUGUCGGCCUCCAAAUAUAUCUUCCUGGUCUUGCUAUUGAUUAAUCUUCGGUCUCUACCGUUUGCCUGGCACAUUCGCGUGUUCCUACCAGUUCUGCGACUCCGUCUCCAGUACUACCUCCUACGACUUCGCAUCUUGUUCAAGUCCAAAGAGCUUAAGGCAAAGAUCCUUGCCGACUGGGGCGAAGGUUUAUGCCCAGUUGGCACAAACCCCUUCGAGCUCGUGACCAUUCAUCAUGGCUGGACGAGCGUGGACGACGCCGAUUACAAUGGACACCUCAGCAAUUCCAGUUACGCGAAGGCCCUUGAUGCAGCCCGUUUGAAACUGGUUCUGAAGGCUUUCCCUGCUUUCGCAAGGAGUGGCGGGUGGAUGGCUCUGGGUUCUACUCACUUUCAUUUCAUUCGAGAAAUACCGUUCUUGAGGAGCUAUGAAAUAAGACUUUCCAUCGGGGCAUGGGACCAUAAAUGGAUGUUCGUUAUUGCUCGCUACGUCUCUUCCACAAAGAAGAAGCACAGUAAUGCCACCCAUAAACUACAUGUGGACGGAUCAGGUCAGCAACUGGGGACUAAUAAUGAUAGCACCAGACCAUCAAAGACACUGACAACAUCGAGUGACUUUCCUCGGAUUUUGCUGAGCACGCCUGCGGAAGACUUGGCCACCCCUGCAACCCCCGGCAAUACGACUGAGGCGGACUACAACCUUCAAGCUGAAAAGACGAAAAAAGAAAUAGAAGCUUUGGCUGCCGCACAGUCAAACAUACCUGAGCCCGACGGUGCCGUACUUCACUGUGUGGCGAUCUCAUACAUUUGCUUCAAGCACGGCCGCAUCACAGUGCCUCCUAGCGUUAUUCUCCCAUGCGAAGGAUUCUCGAAACCUCCCAGUACUGCUUCUGCCGCGCCGUUCUCGUCGACGAACCCUCCACCUCACUGGAAGAAGGCCCAAGCAUUGCGCGUCGCUCCAUCAGGUAGUAUACCUGCA